AUGGGGGAACCAAGUUUUACUCCAUUUAUGAGGGAGAUGAUGCUAAUCUGGAGGAGUGAAAGUGAUAUUGAUAGUAGUGAUGGUGACUGGGAUGAAAGAGAUUCUGAGUAUGAAGAGGGAGAAAGUAAAAAUGAGUAUGAUGAUGAUGAUGAUCUUGGAGGGGGUGAACAAGGGGGUGCAACUGAUAAACCUUCAUCAUCAGUUGCUGUUGGUAAACAGAAACCACUGAUAAAUUACAAGUACGAUGAGGGGAACUAUGAUGAGGAUAGUGGAUUUGAAGUUGAACCGGAUUCUGAGGAAGACCUAGAAAGUAUACAGAGCUCGGAUGAAGAUGUGGUAGAGAAACCAUUGGUGUUUUACCCCAAAGAUAUGGAAAAACCACCCCUUCAAUAUGGAUUGACAUUCAGUUCAAGGAAGGAAUGCAAGGAAGCAAUUCGCCGCUGGAAUAUUAGAAGAGGUAGAAGAUGGAGAUUCAAAAAGAAUGACAAAUGGAGAAUUAAAGUUGUGUGUCAGAUGGCCUACAUCAUAAAGGAUGGCAAAAAGAAAAAGAUAUGUGAUUGGGAGAUAUUUGUGAGCAUGUGCAGUGGAUCUCCCGUGGUGACUACUUUUGUGCCUCGUCACAAGUGCAAAUUCAGGCACAAGAACAAAAGUGUGACAUCAACCAUUGCUGUAGCUUGGAGUGUUGAUAAAGAUCCAAUGGAUUUUGUGGAUCCCUGCUAUAGUGUCCUUGCCUAUCAAACUUGUUAUCAGCCCACUAUAAAGCCAAUGAGAGGGGAACUGGAAUGGGAAAAGGCACCUGGAAAACCACUACUUGCACCACUUUAUGGAAGAGGUCCAGGGAGGCCAAAGAGGAACAAACGGAAGAAAACCCUUGCUGAAAGAAUCAUUGAGAAAGAUAGAAAACAAAAACUGAGUAGGUCUGGGCAGAAAAUCACUUGCAGUUCAUGUCAAAUUUUAGGUCAUAAUAAGAGAACGUGUCCUUCAAGGAAAGCCUCGCAAGGGACACAAAAUGACCAAGUAGAAAUUCAGAACCAAAGCAUUGAGACCUUAGAUAAGUGUGGGUCAUGUGGAAUCCUAGGUCACAACGAGAUAACGUGCCCUUUCAUUGAACCUGUAGAUGGGGUUGUCGACCUUGCCAGCAAUUUUGAUGACCUUUCUAAUGUGGUCCAGCUUGACGUGGACGUAUUAUCACAGCACAACUCGCUUGUUAAGAGGAAAGUGAUAGUCCCUGAUGAGGGCAAAAUACAGUCAGAUGAUCUUAAUGAAGACAUCGUUGCAGAAAUAAAGGCUAUUGAAGCUGAAGCAGCAAUGAAAAUAGAGCAGUUGAAGAAGAAACAGAAAGUGAGUCUGUCACAGCCUGCAAAUCCUAAACCAACAAAGUUACGGGGAAAGAAAAAAAUUGUGGCUGAACCUGGGAAAGAGCAUAACAAAAACACAUCUGCAACUAAUGAUUCAAUCAAGACUUCACCUGCUACAAACACAGAGACCAAUACCAGCAAAUUUCAGGAGCUGUUUGCCAAAGCCAUAGCAAGAACUGAUGAGUUGUAUCGAAUGUAUGCUUUGGAAAAGCCUUCUUCCUCUUCGGAUGGUGUGUUCAACUUUGGCAUCAAUCAGACCAAAUUCUCUCCUGAAAUGAUAGCUGCCUCUAUAAAAAGAAUCAAUGAGUUCUAUGAGAAGUAUGCUUUGGGAUUGACUUCUUCAUCUACAGUUGUCCUCAGGUCAAAGGGAAUGCUACUACAAAACCUAAACGCAAAGUGA